ACGGGGGUGGCGGCAGUAGCGGCUGCACAAGUCUUGGGCGCAAAGCGAGUGCGUGCAGUGCUGGGCGAGUGGUGCUGUUUCCCCCCUCCCGCUUCCCUCUCGUACCCGGCGGGGGACGGAGAGAGGGACAUGCAGGCGGAAUCGGGAAUCGUGCCGGACUUUGAGGUGGGAGAAGAGUUCCACGAGGAGCCCAAGACCUACUAUGAGCUGAAAAGCCAGCCCCUGAAAAACAGCAGUUCUGAGCACCCCGGAGCAUCGAAGCCCCCGUUAAGCUCCUCCAGUAUGACAUCACGGAUUUUGCUACGCCAGCAGCUCAUGCGUGAGCAGAUGCAAGAACAAGAGCGUCGAGAGCAGCAACAGAAGCAGCAAGCAGCCCAGUUCAUGCAACAGAGAGUGGCUGUCAGUCAGACACCAGCCAUCAACGUCAGCCACCCCACAAGUCUUCCUCCUGCUACUCAGGUACCAAUGGAAGUCCUUAAGGUUCAGACUCACCUGGAAAAUCCUACCAAGUACCACAUCCAACAAGCGCAACGCCAGCAAGUCAAGCAGUACCUUUCCACCACAUUAGCCAACAAGCACACAAACCAAGCUCUGAGUUUACCAUGCCCAAAUCAGCCAGGUGAUCAUGUUAUGCCACCAGGCACAGGAAGCAGUGCACCGAAUAGCCCAAUGGCCAUGCUUACUCUGAACUCCAACUGUGAAAAGGAGGGCUUUUAUAAAUUUGAAGAGCAAACCAGCAGGGUGGAGACUGAAUGCCAGGCACUGAAUAUGAAUACACAUUCUCGAGCCUCAUGCAUGCAGAUGGAUGAUGUAAUUGAUGACAUAAUCAGUUUGGAAUCCAGUUAUAAUGAAGAAAUCUUUGGUUUAAUGGAUCCUGCUCUACAAAUGGCAAACACGCUACCUGUCUCUGGGAAUCUGGUAGACCUCUAUGGCAAUCAAGGUAUGCCUCCUCCAGGACUCAACAUUAGCAAUUCUUGUCCUGCUAACCUUCCGAAUAUAAAAAGGGAACUUACAGCAUGUGUAUUUCCCACAGAGUCUGAGGCAAGAGCAUUGGCCAAAGAGAGACAAAAGAAAGAUAACCACAAUUUGAUUGAACGAAGAAGACGAUUCAAUAUUAAUGAUCGUAUAAAAGAACUGGGCACGUUGAUACCCAAAUCAAAUGACCCGGACAUGCGCUGGAAUAAGGGAACUAUAUUAAAAGCCUCUGUGGACUAUAUCCGUAAGCUCCAAAGAGAACAGCAGCGUACAAAAGAACUAGAAAACAGACAAAAGAAACUAGAACAUGCCAACAGGCACCUUUUGCUCAGAAUACAGGAACUUGAGAUGCAAGCUCGAGCACAUGGACUUUCCAUUGUCCCAUCUACAGGCCUUUGCUCACCAGAGAUGGUAAACAGGAUUAUCAAACAAGAGCCUGUCCUUGAUAACUGCAGCCAAGAGAUUCUUAGGAAUCAUCCAGACCUGUCUUGCACAACCACUCUUGACUUAACUGAUGGCACCAUCACUUUCAAUGAUAGCCUAGCAAAUACAGCUGAGGCUGCUGCUGGCACUUACACUGUUCCUACAAAACUCGGAUCCAAACUGGAAGACAUCUUGAUGGAUGAUACUCUCUCUCCUGUUGGAGUCACUGAUCCGCUUCUUUCAUCAGUAUCUCCUGGGGCUUCGAAAGCAAGUAGCCGACGGAGCAGCGUGAGCAUGGAAGACACUGACCACGCUUGUUAGUGGGUAUCAUUAGAAAGGCUUUUUGUGAAUUCCAUUGCUUGAUUGGUAGAUUAAGUAAUUUGAUCUGUUUUCUUAAUAACUUUCUUUUAAUAUAAAUUUCAGAUAGCCCAGUGUAUGUGACUUUUUUAAUGUUUGAGAGAGACUUGUAUAUUGUUCUAUUUCAAAACUACCAAUGCUUCCAAAAUAGUGUACUGCAUUUAUGAUCCAGACUCAUCAAGAAUUCCAAGUGAGUCAUGUCUACUUGAAAGCAAUAGUGAGAUACAAAUCCACAUGUCCAUGACCCACUAAAGAUGACACUUCGGUACAUCUGUAAUGAAGCCCAUUGACUUGGAAAUGAAUUGUAAAAGAAUGUAAAGAAACCAAAAAGAGAGAGAGAAAGAAUAAGCUUUGUAAACUAUUUUUGUGUUUCUUUAAUAGUGCCUCCUUUCAAAUAUAGAAUACCUGUUAACCCACUUAAAUCUAUCCCAAAGCAUUAAAUAGAAUAUAUAUGGAAUAUAUAUAUAUAUUCAUGUUAUGAAAAUCUUCACUUAUAUAGCUAAUUAAUUCAUGAUGACCUUAAUUAAGGUACAGAGUGGAAAUGAAGGAGAAACCCAGAAAAUAUGUUAUGGUGAAAUUUAAAGGAAGGGAAGGGCCAUCCAGUGAAAAGGCUUCCUUCUAAAUUGUUCAUUUUUUUAAAUCACAUGAUUAUGACAAGAAAUCUUUUAUUUAUGUGUCACUAAUUCAAGACUCUUAAAAAUUCAGUAUUUUCCAUCAAUUGAGCAUAAACAAUUGAGUUUUUUAAUUUUUUUAAUUGUAUUGUACAGUUACCUGAUUUGCAUGAAUUUUUCAGUUGUUUUAUUUUUCAUUAAGAAUGCGUUUGUAUUUUAUUUGUAAGAAGACACUGUACUUAUAACUUUUUUUUUGACAUUUUGAGUCCCACUUGUGAGUGGUUGAUUUUUUUUUCUGAGGAGUUGCAUUAAUUUGUACACACUUCAGAGUAAGAUUUUGUGUAGAUUCUUGUCUUUUCAAGAGUGGCAUUGUGACGAUUUUGUAAAUUACUCCCUCAUGUGGAGGAAAUGUUUUGACAUGGAUCUUUAAAGCAAUAGUGUAACGUUAGUCUAGUUAACAAAUGAAGCUUUGUAUAAAACUCAGCAGGAAAAGAAGAAUCCCUGGGUUGAACGUAUUUAUUUUUAGCAGUACAGGACAAAUAGUAAUAUGCUUGGGGAAAUGGUUACAAUCUCCUCCUUAGUGCUCUUGUAAGAUUGUUUUCAGCAUCAAGAUUGAAAGAAAAUUGACUGUAUUUGCAGGUAACUGUUACUUGAUCCUAACAUUGUUAAGGCUUUAACUUGCAACAGUGUUGUCGUAAGAGCAUGUUGUAUACAUUAUCUUCUCCGGCAUAGUCCUAUGCAAUAACAAUAGUGAUAUGUGUAUUAUUAUUCUUAUGCCUAAAUAUUUUAUACAGUGGCUGUAUGGUCUUGCCAGUUCAGGAAAUGAUUGGCUUCCUUCAUAGCUGCCACCAAUUGACUUGCAAAGGACAGGGAAGCAUGUCUUGUUCGGAAUGAAGUGCCUUAAAUAUAGCUGCAGUCUUCAUGAACUAGCACUGACUGAAGUAUAAGAGUAGGGGAGCGGAGGAGAUUAUUGUAGCAGUUAGGUACUGUAGUGUUUGUGUCAUAAAAGAAGAGCCUCUGAAUGGCCAUUCUACCCCUGUAGUGUUCUUGAAGUGAAGUCUUUGACUCUCUUUUUGUGCUAACUAUGCUGAUUUGAGGACACCUGGGCAGCUGACAGUCAUCAGAACGAUGAGCAGAAUGGGACAAAACAGUCAAGUCUUAAAGAUGUACAGUUUCAUUUUGUGAAAUAUCCUUGAAACCACUAAAAGUCUCAUUACACUCCUUUCUCUCAGUGCACACCGCUAAUUGUGGGAGCACCCCCCUCCCCCUCCCAGGAUCUCUGCAGAAAACUGAAGAGGGGAAAUCACAAGAGCAGAUGAAGCUGCCUUCAAGGGGAUUAGACUUUGGGUCUAUCUAAGUCAGUAUUGUCUACUCUUGACUGGCAGCGGCUCUCCUGGAUCUCAGUCCGAGAUCUUUCACAUCACAGACGACCUGAUCCUUUUUAACUGAAGAUGCUGGGGAUUGUACUUGGCACCUGAUACUCUACCACUGAGCUGCAGCCCCUCCCUCAGGGCAGGAACUCCUAAACAAUUAGCUGCUGGUUUCUCUUUGUUUUCAGAAUUUCAGCAUAGACACAGCUCAAAUUAUGAGACAAAACUGAAUCCCACGAGGCAGUUUGGCUAGGAAAAUCUGCUCGGUGGUGUUCAGUCCUGCAGCAUUUUGUCAUACUAAUUUGGGCACCAUAAAACUGAUCCCUCACUGAAAAUAUACUUCUGCUACAGCAUGGAGCACUACCCAACACACAUGCCUAGAUGAUCCACUUACAGUUCAAACUUAAGCAGUUUGACUUUCAAAGUCCAUUAUAGUCCGUGGACUUAGAAUGGUGUGCCUCUGCUCAAGACUGCACUGUGGAUUUGGAUUUCUUUUUGAAGAUAUGUACGGUUUCUAUCAACUCGUAUCAUAUGCUUUUCCUGUUGUAUGGUUUAGUAUAAAUUAAACUUCCUUGACACACCAUGCCACCAUCCACUGCACUUUGUUGUGGGGGGUGCUGUUUUUGGUUUGGGUUCCUUUUGUACCAGAGCCAUUUUAAUUGUGGAGUUUGCAUAUCUUCUACACAAAAUUCUUCUAGUCCUAUAUAAGAAGGGGAAACUGCAGGGCUUGGAUGAUGAUGUUUAUUUAUUAUUUGUAUUUGGAACCAAAGGGCCACGGAUAGCACAUUUACGUGGGGGAGGCAUCAGGGAGCCAAGAAAUAUGGUUGCUCCAACACGUCUUCAGACUACGAAGAGUGCACAAUACCCAAAAUGCUAAAAAUUUUGGGGAGAGUCAAGAGACAGCUGACCAGGUACAUGGAGUACCCAGCAAUUUUCACUUUUGCCAAAACCAUUCAAGAUACAUUAGUGCCAUAAACUUCUUCCUUACUACUUUGAAAUAGAUAGAUAUAUAAAGCAAUAUUAACUCUGAUGCCUAUAAAGCCUUUAGGAAAGUAUAUGAGGAAAAAAAUGCAAAGCACAAAGUAAUGCACUUACCAUAUUUUUGGACAUGAAAUGCACUGGUGAAAAAGGAAAUUGAUGGUGUAAGAGGCCUCUGUAUCUUGAAAAAAUGAAUGAGUUACUGCCUCCUGUUCUGGAUGCUUAGUACCAUGCUGUUGUUGAUCUUUUCACUUGCUGUUGGCCACAGCAAUAAUUUGUGUCUGGUCUAUAGCACUGUAAAUGAUGGAUCAAUAUUAAUGUAAACCGAUUAAACAAUUUCAACUGUUCCUAAUAGAUGGAUUAAAGCUUUUGUUUUUUCAUAUAA